AUGCGUUUUGAAGAAUUAGCAAAAGCAUCAGGUCUACCUGAAGAACAAUACUCUAGAACUCUCAUGAGCCUUCUUACGGGUAAAGCCAUAGACAUUUGCAUUCAACUUCCAGCGCACGAACUAGACAACUAUAGCAAUGUCAAAGAAGCACUCCUGAGACAGUAUGGCGCUACACAAGACACAUACAGAAAAAAAUUCUAUACAGAAAGGCCUCGACAAGAAGAUGAUCCAUUAAUAUUUAUAUCAAACAUGACCAUAUGGUUUGAUAGGUGGAUCUCCUUGUCAAAAAUAGAAAAUUCAUACGAAAAUCUGAGAGAGCAUGUCAUCAUAGAUGCCAUUACACAUGCACACUCAGAAGAUAUUCAAUCCUUUAUCAUUGAAAGACAACCAAAAGACAUUCAAACUUUGACUCAAAUAGUACGACAAUACAGGGCAGCAUAUCCAAACAAACCUAUUAAGCAGUCUGCAGAAGAAAAUUUCAUUUGUUAUACCAAAGAAACCAGAACACCACGAUUCUCAAGACCAGAAAAAAAGCCAAUAUGUACAAACUGUAAUUUCAAAGGACAUUAUGCUUCACAAUGUAAAACCAGAGACAUAGAAUGCAGUUACUGUCAUCUUAAAGGUCACUACGCAAACGAAUGUAGAAAGAAACAAAACAACUUAAGUGACAGAUCCAAAGAAAAACAAGCAUCCAGAUACCAGCCACAAUCUACAAGUAAUCAAAACUAUGGUAAUCAAAACAAAUUCUACAACAGAAAACCUAGAUCUGAACACACAACAAUGACUAUAGUUACAAAGUCUAAAGGUCUAGAAUACUAUCCAGGUUUAGUUGGAAACCAGAAAGUGGAAGUGAUCAGAGACACAGGUUCGACAUCCGUGGUCGUACAUUCAAAAUUUGUUAAGACUCAUCAAUACACAGGCAAAUAUGUUGCGGCUACAGCUUUCAAUGGUACAGUCAGCAAUCUACCUGUAGCAGAAAUUAACAUUACAACACCUUUCUACAGUGGUGAUGUAGAAGCACUAGUAUCAGACAAUUUACCUGUAAAUCUGUUGAUUGGCAACAUUAAAGGAGUUCGUGAUUGCACUCAACGAGACCUACAAGACUGGUCGAAAGCCAUAAAAGUAAGCCAAGAAUGUAAUGCAGUCAUUACAAGGUCAAUGACAAAAGAACAAGUAGAAUCAGAUAAUCUACAGAAUGAAUCAAACUCAAAUCAACAAAAUGACAACCCAACCAAAGAAACUACAGACCAAGAAACCACUAAUCAAAAUGAAAUGACUAGCAAUUCAAACAUCCCGCCUGAAUUCAACAAUGAAGAAUUUAAAGAAGAACAAAAGAAAGAUCCUACUUUAUCAAGACUAUACAAGAAAGCACAGACCAAUAUAAAUCCAGAAUCAAACAAUGAACCAUAUCUUGACAACGGAAUGCUAAUGAAACGAAGCAAAAACAAAAAUAAAAUCAUUGAACAAAUAGUCGUACCACAAACAUACAGAAAGACAAUAAUUGAAUCGGGACACAGCAAACCUUUUUCUGGACAUAUGGCGGUAUCCAGAACAAAGAAACGAAUUCUACAACAUUUCUAUUGGCCAAGCAUAACGAAAGAUGUGAAGAAGUUCGUCAGUACAUGUCAUAUUUGUCAAAUGAAAGGACCUAAAGGUAGACACACUCAAGCACCCCUUCAAACUGUAGAACUCACAGACAAACCAUUCCAGAAAGUGGCCAUUGACAUUAUUGGACCCAUACCAAUUGAAUCAGCAAGAAAGCAUAAAUACAUACUUACUUUAGUUGAUACAUGUACAAGAUGGCCAGAAGCAAUACCAUUAGUCAACAUAACAGCUAUUGACAUUACCAGAGCUUUGUCAGAAAUUUUCUCCAGAACCGGACUACCAGAGGUGAUACUAAGCGACCGAGGGGGACAAUUUACAGCGGAAAUUACGAAAGCAUUCAUGGACAUGUACAAAAUAAGGAUGAAAUUUACAACGGCCUACCACCCACAGAGUAACGGGCUCUGCGAACGUAUGAAUUCUAGUUUGAAGCAAAUCAUAUCAAAAAUAGCAAAUGACAACCCACAAAAUUGGGAUCUUUUAAUACCAGCAGCACUUUUUGCAUACCGAGAAAGUCAACAAGAAACUACAGAAACUUAA